CAGCAACCGCACCAGCAGCCCCAGCAACCGCACCAGCAGCCCCAGCAACCGCACCAACAAUAUCAGCAACGGCCACAGCAGCAACAGUUUUUGCAAAAACCACAAGCACAGCAGUAUCAACAAACUCUGCAACAGCAACAAUUAAAGCAUAAUCAGUCUUUUCAACAACAACAGCCUCAGCAACCAGCACAACUGACACAACCGCAAUUGUCACAGCCAUCACAACAACCGAUGCCACAAACUUCGGCUUACAUCCCACAACAUAUACCACAGCGACCCACGCAGCAGGCUUCGCAGCAGACAGCACAGCAAUCCUCACAGCAAUUUUCGCAGCAGUCAACGCAGCCUUUGCAAUCGCCACUUUUACGGAUCCAGCAACAACCAUUACCUUCACCGCAACCAGUGAUACCUCCUAGACCACAGUUGCGUUUACAUUUGAAGAAACAGGAUCCAUUUGAUUCAGCUAACUUUGAUGAAAACAAAGACCCAAUGAAACCUGAUCUUGAUGUAACAAAUUUGCGUCGUUUAACGAUAGCCACGCUUCGCAGCCUGGGAGUUUCUGUUUCCUUUGACGAACUACCCAAUGUGGAAAUCGAAGAUGCUUCACCUACCGACUCGCAUCAAGUGUUGCCAGCAGCAGCUAUGCACCUUAUCACUACCAUGGUGCUGGGUACCUCGGGUGAUAAGGACGUAUCGCAAACAUUGGGGUCACAAAUAUCCAAUGGUGAUUUAGUAGCAUUACAGCGUAUGAUAGUUGCUGGUUUACGCAGCAAAAACAUUGUUAUUCACACUGUCUUGACCGAACAGCAAAAUACAAAUGAGGCAUCGAGUCAAGAAUAUGUUCCAAGAGCAGCAAAAGCGGAUGAUACGCUCAUUGAUCUGUCUAAUGUCAAAUAUGAGCCGCCUCAUAAUGUAACCCGCCUUUUUUUACGACUAUACCGAUUCAUCAUCAACAUGCUAUUGUCUACACCGGAUUGUUGGCCAUUUAUUCAGCCUGUUCCGGAGACAGCCUUCCUUUAUCACCAGGAAAUAAAAAACCCAAUGGAUUUACAAACAAUCGAAGAGAAUGUGUGGUGUGGAAAAUACACAAAAUUUGCUAGGUUUGAACGGGAUAUGCAGCUUAUUUGGAAGAAUGCGAGGACAUUUCAUCGAAAUACAGGCACGAUUCCUAAACAUGCUGAUAAUCUACAAAAACUCUUUGUCAAAAUUGUGAGAGACAUAAAGAAACAAAUCAGACCGAAACAGCAGCCCUCAGGCUCUCAUGAUUUCAAAUUCGAUCCAACAUAUACCCUACCAGAAGAAUCUGAUUUCUCCUAUCCACCCAUUGAACAAGUCUUUUCCGAACAAAGCACAGUAUAUGCUAUAUCUGCUCUGUCACCUUAUGAGCCCAAGGGUCGUAAGCCUAAAGGUCUUACAAACGAAAAAUUACUUUAUUUACAAUUGAAUGGACCAUUUUUUCAGGCAGUCGAAAGGAUGAAAUCUGAUUUGGAUGGCAACCACUCUAUAGUUCCCCGAUUUUACAUUGCUAAAAAUCGUACUCUUCUUCGUCAGAUACGUUCACAAGGUGUCCUGGCUAUUUUCUAUAACACUAAAACCACUCGCAUACGUUUCAGCAAGAUGAUGAAUAUUGAGACAGACAUGAUAAUAGCUUAUCCAGCCAGUGAUCUUUUUGAUAUUGAUCAAAUCAAUGAAUGUACAGACGAUUUCGCACCAAAAGCUUGGAUACAUCUGCGGCCUUUGCGUGUCGUGAAUAAGAUUGUUUUUGAAGUGAACGAGCCUAUCGAACGUGAUUACUUUAAAAGGAUGUUCGCAACGUCAAAGAUGGCCAUCGAUGACAAGAACACACACCAUAAUUCAGACACGAAGAGACUAUUGCGAAAAGUAGUAAGAAAGAUCUUAUGCUUAUCUGAAGUAAGCGGUACCAAAGAUCAAGGCGACAUUUCCUCGGCUUCAAUGCCGACUGGUGCUGCUGUUAAAAGAGAGAUCAAUGAAGAAAAGCACAGACCAGUACAUCAGCAACGGCUCCCUAGAACGAAAGAAGACGAAGCUAUGGAAGUGGAUAAGGGAUCCGACGAUGAGAAGCUUACACCAAGAUCCACAGCAGGGAGUAGCGAGAAAAUGGAAGUAGAUGUGAAAGCUGAAAUAGCUAACUCGUCAAAUGCUGAGAGAUUAGGCAAGAAAGAAAUUGAUCAUGAAAUUUGGAAGAAAUUGUUUAAUGUGUGCAGAAGCAAAGGGAUUGAAAUCAAAAAUAUAACUUCGCAUGGCAAUAUCAAUUGGAACUCGCCUAAUUCUGAAGGUUUCUUCAAGCGCGUUUAUUUCUUUGAGAAUAUUGUAGUACAAGCUUUUCGACAGAUGACGAUGUAUCAGAGAAUUACUGAAGUCGCUUGCCUUAUGAAAUUGAGAAAUUUGCCACAUAUGGCACAAAUGAAGGAAGUACUAUUCAAUGAUAAUGGGGAUGUAGCCGGUCUAUCUAUGGAAAGAUAUCAAACAACAUUGAAACAAUAUGCACAUGCACAUUCACAUCAUCGUUUGUCAGCUUACCAAAAAUAUGAUGUGAUACAGCAAAUGCUGAUCUGCAUGAAAACAAUUCACGAGGCUGGCCUUGCUCACAGAGAUCUAUCGGAAGUCAACAUUAUGGUUGACGUCGUACAAGGUCAACAUUUGGAAGAUGGAAGUGAAAAAGUAUGUUUAUAUUUAAUCGAUUUUGGUAAAGCCGUAUUUUGCCGGGCAGAUGAUGUUCGCGACUGGUUUGUGGAUGUGCCCCGUGCUGAAUGGGAAUAUGAUGGAGAUGUUGUCCCAGAAACAAAAGAAGAGCUAGAGGCUUGGUGUGAAUCUUUGCCUUGGGUUAAAGGUAAACCUGAUCAUGGUUACCGAAUGUAUAGGUCAAUUCAAACGCUUCCGAAAACCAGAUCUGAUAAUCAGAUACUUCCUUGGUUGAUUCAUCCCCAAGCUGAAGAUAUGUAUUCCAUCGGUGUCAUGAUAUGGAAAGUGUUUACGGAUACAGAACCAUGGAGAGGGAUCUUAGAUACAGAUUUACAAGGCUUACGAUAUGUAGCUGAAGAUGAUUAUCGUAUUCAACGCGCAUUGGAAGGUGAAGUCCACGGUGAACUUAGUCGUCAAUUAUUACUAAAGUGCCUCAGGACGCGACCACAAGAUAGAGAAACUGCCAAAGAUUUGCUGGAGUGGAUCAGUCAACAGCACGUGCGCGAUGGUUUGAUUGGAGAAUGGAAGAUGUAUUCUUCAGAUACAAGAGCCUCUCGUAGAGCUAAGACAUAUUAUGGAUUUGAGGAUGAUGAAGAUGAGAAAAAGAAACCGAGAAAACGAACCAACACAGGAGGUACCAAAACUAGAGGUAGACCUAAAACUGUGAAAGAGCCACCAGCACCAGCUCAAGCUCAAACACAACCUCAAGCUCAAGCUCAAGCACAAGCACAAGCACAAGCACAAGCACAAGCACAGAGUCAAACGCAACAGCGGCCGUUGCAGGCGGAACAAUUGCAAUCGCAGCUUCAGCUCCAAUCGCAACAGCACGGUAUCAUAAAUAACAACUACAAAUUCUUUUAAUUCAAAAAAAAAAAGCACUAGCAAAGCACUAAUAUAAACCUUGUAAGAAAUUUCCCCCUUUUCAUGCAUUCUAUAUUUCUAUUUACCACUACAUAAUUCAAUCAUAAGUAUUCCCCCCCCAACCCAAUUUUCGAAUCACCAUUUCAUUUGUACAUAAACUAAUACAGAAGCCUUUUUGUCUUUCACAUUCUGAUGUUAACAAAAUGUAUGCUUCAGUGUUGCAGAG